CUCGAUAACUUCAACAUUUCUUAACUCCCGAGACAGUCUGAAAUCUACAUUACAAACAUGACCAUCCACCGAGCAUCCCUUAGCGUGGUCCGCUCCUGUAUCCGGCCCGGUGCCGGAGUGGCCCCACUUCGCCGAUUCCAGCUCCGGCAGCAAUCCACCGUCAGCAGUGACGGCGACAUCGGCGGCCUGGGAGGGCAGCAGAUCCCGCCACCCGGCCGCGGCGGUCGUGAUUUCAUCAAGCAAAACUGGGUUCGACUUGGAGGUGCAGCUCUGCUCAUUGCCGUGGGUGUGUCGUACGUGUCCUCACCACCAAAGAAAAGGGAGUCUCCCAGAGACCUGAAGGCUGCUUCUUCUACUGAGAUUGGUAUGGAGCCGCCGGUCAAAUAA